AUGGAAUCUGAACCCUCCCUUCAACGUACCAAACUCACAAAACAUUCUCAAUUUCCAUCAACUUCAAUGCAAGACUCGAGUUCGACAUUCGCUAACCUUCCAUCAGAACUCAUCACUGAAAUCUUCUUAAGGCUUCCGGUGAAAUCGCUCUUGCAAUACAGGUCGGUUUCAAAAUAUUGGCUUGAUUUAAUAUCUAGCCCUAGAUUUAUCAAGUCUCAUCUCAGUUUAUCGACUAGUAACAAGGAAAACACUCACCAUAAGUGGCUUAUGGUGAUGUUUAAUAAGAACAUGUACACUCGUAUUUGUUCUCUUAGAUCUUUAUUUAAUGAUUCUGUUACAAAAACAUCUUACUUGAAUAUUCCCAUGAAGGAACCUUAUGAAUCUUAUCAUAUUUUGAGUUCUGUGAAUGGAUUGAUUUGUCUAACUUGUCGUGCUGGUGAGAAAGGAGACUUAAUUCUAUGGAAUCCAUCGAUUAGAAAGUGCAGGAAAUUGCCUAGUUUUGAAUCUGAACUAAUAAAUGUUAACUGUUAUUAUCGUUGUGGUUUUAUAUAUGAUGAGCUUCAUGAUGAUUAUAAGGUAGUAGUCAUUCUCUUUGAACAUAACAGAUCAAAUCGAAUUGAGAUCAAAAUAUAUAGUCUAAGGAGUAAUUCUUGGAGAAGUGUUGAUCAUAGUUGUCCUCCAAGUGGUUAUUUUUUAAAUGAUUGUGGCAAGUUUGUGAACGGGAAACUUCAUUGGACUACUCUUACUUCUGGUCUUGGAUAUAAUACCAAGGAAAUCAGUCAGAACAUCGUUUCUUUUGAUUUGACUGAUGAGAAAUGGGGAAAGGCAGAGAAGCCCACCUUCGGGGAAGGAGAUAUUGAUUCACGGCUAGAAGUGUUGGGUAGUAAUCUUUCUGUCUUUUGUUAUAACAAGCGACGGUAUGUAUCUGUUUGGGUUAUGAAAGAGUACGGGGUUAAAGAAUCUUGGAAAAAGAUGUUUACCAUCAAUUAUUUUGAUAUGCCAUAUGUGCAUGAACAAUCCUAUUUCAUGUCAAAUAAAGGUGAAGUUUUGGUUGGGUUUUCACGAAGUUUCAAGAUAUACAAUCCAAAAGAUAACUCAUUCAGUCCAAAAACUAUUAACUAUGAUCGAGAAGCUGCAGAAAUCUACAUUGAAAGCCUAGUUUCUCCUUUUCCAUCAGAGGACCAGACUAGUGAUGCAACAAAAAUAGAGGCGAAGAAAAGCUCAGAUCAAGACAUUCAAGUGCUUCCUCCGGAGCUGAGUAUUCCAAAGGUGAUCCAUAUCUACCGAGAACAGAAUAAACUAGCUGACAGCUUACUACCACUGAAGGAAGCUCCUCUCUAA